AUGACGACCGCAGCAAUUCCACUAAGCGUGGGCGAGAGUGACGGCCCAGACAUGGUCUUGGUGUUGUUGCCGUCGGAGUUCUAUAGUAGCUGGCUUGGGCAGGGGGUCUACAUCGCCGACACAGGACUCGCCGUACACGCUGUCAAAGUCAGCAUCGGCUCUAAAGACGACCAUCUCAACACAUGGAUGCAAUUGGAAGCACAAAAGCUUUACAACAUUUGUAUAACAGUCUACGUCCUCGCCGUCGAAAUUGGUAUUGGCUGCAUCGCCGCCUCCCUUGCAUCAUUACGAAUCCUAUACAAGCGAGUCCGAGGGCAAGAAUCACAAGGCUCAACAGGGACACUCAACGCAAACACUCUCAUCACGAUUGGUGGUGGAAGGAUAGGCGAUAGCAGCUCUCGGAGGCCCAAAGCGCGUGUUCACGAACCCUACUGA